AUGGCAGUAUUUUGUGAAAUCAAAGAUGUUGUAGAACAAAUAAGAUACAAGACACAGAUAUUCUACGAGGCGAUGAAAAGAGAUAGUAUUGCCGAUCAGUUGUACAACUUUUCAAAUGACGAUGCUUCGAAUGAUCAGAGUAUCCCUUACAGCAAGAGCUUGGAGAGGGAUUAUUCGUCACUCAUCUAUAUUGCCAAGCAACAACAGGCAAAUUCACCUGUCAAUGUACCAACAAUAACAACAACUACUUCUGCUGCUGCUGCUGCUGCCAAUGGGAAUACUACGGCGGCAGCUAUACCUCCACCUGUAAUAAAUAAACCACAACCGAUCAAUAAUAAUAACAACAAUAACAGUAAUAGUAAUAAUAAUAAUAAUAAUAAUAACAACAAUAAUGCAGCAGCAGUUGAUCAACAAAAAUGUAAAAUAGUAACAUUCUCUGCUUCACAAUCAAGCAAACCAACAAGUAACUUAAAAAAUAAUGUAAACUCCUCUACCAAACCAACUCCAACUCCUACUACAACUACAACUACGAUUGCACCAACAGCUACUACUGGAAACAAUACAAAUUCGAGUACUGGUGCUGCUGGAAACUCGACAACUUCUGCUGCUGCUGCAGCUGCAGCUGCUGCCAACAAUGGACCUGUAUUCAACUUUACAAAACAACCAUUCAAGACACCACCAGUAGCACAUGAUUCAUUAUUAACAAAAAUAGUCAAACCAAAUGAUUCUGAAAAGGAUCUAUUCUCAGAGUAUGGUGAAAUUAUACCACCACCAGGAAUGGGAAUGUUAUUAUCUAUUCAUACUGGAAUUGCAGGUAUUGGAUUAUUAAAGAUUAGAGUGAUUGAUAAGGCUACGGUUGUACAAACGAUUGUGGCGACACUAAAGACUUAUUUCCAAUUGCAUUCUGCCACCUCGAGUGUGAGCAGUAGCAGCGGACAACCUCAAAUGAUUCCCGACCCAAAAGCAUACUUUUUGCGGAUUGCCGACGAUGACGGUCGCGUAGACGAAGAUUACCCUACGCUCGACCCAACACAGAUGAUAUAUAAAUUCAAAGAUGAGGCGUUUGUGUUGUGUGUCGAUCGCAAGUACGAGCGGUCGUCGUCCAUGACAACGUCGGCGGGCAGCAGUGGCGGCAGCUCCAACAAUGGCUUGGCGCCACCGACCGAAGGUCACAAAAAGUCGCAUGGGCGCCAGACGAGCUACGGCGGAGGGUCGACCGACGCAUCGCUGCUUGCACCACCCAUCAAGAUCACGCUACCCGAUUCGUCCAUCACCAAGGUGGCGUAUCAACCCGACAUGAAGCUCAAAGAGCUACUCAUCAACACAUGCAAGAAGCGUAAGCUCAACUUUUCAGAACACAUCUUUCAGUAUGAGAAUGGUCAGCCCGUCAACAUGCAGAUCACCAUGGAGCAGCUCGGCACGCUCGAUAUUGUCCUCGUUUCGGUGCUGCGUCGUUCCAUGUCGGGCGACGGCUCGGUGCUCGGUGUUGGUGACGACAAUGACGGCCCCGCAGACAUUUUCUGGCAUGAUGCACUCGCCGGUCAAUACAAACAAUACGAAGUGGUCAAAUUGAAAAAAUAUGGCUCCAAACAAGAAAGAAUCAUUGGUAUCGAUCAAGAAAGAAUUACCAAUAUGUCUCCAAAUCCAAAAAAAGAACAAGAAACUAAAAGACCUGCUAGAUUAAUUAAAGAUGUAUUAAAGGUUUCAUUAACAGAUAAACAAAAACAUUUUACAAUUGAAUAUAUUGAUGGAAAAAGUUAUGUUUAUGAAUGUAAAUCCCAUCCACUUGCUAGUAUGUUCAAGAAUGAAAUUAAAAUAUAUUAUGAUUAUUAUGAUCUCUCUUUAUCAUUUUCUAACCUGAUUCUCUUUAAUUUAAUCUCUCUCUCUAGUUGA